AGUGUCUGGAGCCGCAGUAUUCUGUUUUGUUUGAGGGAGAUGAGCUGCGCUCACCUUGCGGCCCCCCUCCCUCUGCACUCCCCCCCGCAGCUGUGCCUGCUGCUUUUGCUGCUGGGGAGCUCCACACCUGUCACAGAUGGGAGGUGCUUGCAUGACGCAGUCCAAGGCACUGUAUCUGUGGUGACUCCGCCCCGCCGGGCUCGGACCACGCCCACCGGCAGGGUAGCCACGCCCCCUAUGAUGCCGAUUAGAAUCCAUACCUGGUCGGUGGGCGGAAAGUCGGAUCUGGAAACCAACGAGAGAGACAGACUGGACAAGGCUGUGAGGGAGGCUGUCAUCAUCAUCAGCAACUUACUCUCAGUGAACAGGGUUUCUGGCAGGCUACUGUUGAACCGGGACAUCAACAAAUACUGCAAGUCGAUCUGGAAGAACGCCAACGCACCCAACUACAACAAGUGUGGAAUGGUUAACGAAAAUUACAGGACAGAAACCUGCUUGGACGUGACGAUCCCAGAUGAUCACCUCACUGGCUAUGAAGUGUGGUCUGAGACUGGCCCUGUACCCUUUACCAUUAAGCCCAAUGGGACGGGAGUGUCGGACGCUGACUUCAUCCUCUAUGUGAAAGCAGCUGACACCGAAAAGUGCAGAAACGAGCCAUCAGUCAUCGCCUACGCCUCGUACUGCCAGGCCGAUGAGACUGACCGCCCCAUAGCUGGAGUUGUGGUCAUUUGUCGAUCCCGGCUGACAGCGAUUGAAUUCAACCAUAGCAAGACCACACUGACUGCCGUCCACGAGCUGCUGCAUGCGCUGGGCUUCUCGAAGGACCUGUUUGACACGUGGAAGGACUGUUCAGAUGCCCCUGGAAUUGGAAAGGGUUGCUCUGCACGAGGUCGCGUGACCAAUGUUGACGAGAAUAAUCUUGUCAGAAUCUACACCCAGAAUGUUAUCCAGGAGAUGCAAAACCAGUUCAAAUCAGAGGCGGGGGAACUGGGAGGGCCACUGGAAAACAAGGGCAGUAUUGGGGUUCCCUCCUCUCACUGGGAGGCUCGUUUCCUGCAGGGUUCCAUCAUGACAGCCUCGAUCGGAGAGCCGGGUCAGGUGCAGCUGGACCGGGUCACUCUGGCAGCGCUGCAGGACACGGGCUGGUACCAAGUGAACCACAGCGCUGGGGAGGGACUGGUGUGGGGGGCAGGACAGGGCAGCUUGUUCGGGCUCACAUCCACUUGUGCUCAAAGCUCGUCCCACUUCUUCUGUGUCGGAAGUGGGCAAGGCUGUCACUAUCUACACUUAGACAAAGGAGUUUGUGAUACUGACGACUUUCUGGAGGGCUGUAGAAUAUACAAACCCAUCAGCAAUGGGAGCGAGUGUUGGAAAGAAGAGAAUGUGAAAAUCAGUGGAGUAGAGGAGUGGAGCGGAGAGAUUUAUAAUACAGACAGUCGAUGCUUCUUUUCAAAUCUGUCCAAAGAGAACUCUGGAGUCGCCCAGGUGCAUCGUGGGGAUCUCACAGCGGGCUGUUACCUGCACAGGUGUAUUGGUGAAAACAGGUUCCAGGUUCGAGUUCAGGGGACAGAGUGGAUCAAUUGCACUGCAGGAGCUCAGAUACAGAUUCCAGGUUACAAUGGCGUCUUACUCUGCCCUGACGGCCGUCUUUGUCGCAAUCUGACCCAAACCCCACCCACCUCCUCACAAGCCCCAGCCACUACUGUGACAGCCCCUCCCUCCUCCUCCGACCUCUACAUUCCAGUGGAAAUUCUAUUCCGGAAGGUUCAGAAAGGCACUGAAACCAGAGUGGCUCUGGCUGUGCAGUACACCGGGCUGGCACUAGGGGCAGUGAUGGACGCCACUGAAUUAGAAGGCUGUCACUUUCAGAAUGCAGUUCUGUGGCAGGAGGAGUAUCUUACUCUAGAGCUCUGGCAGUUCCCUGGCUGCGAGACUCCGCCCCUCCCGGUAGCCAAUCAGAGGCUGCAGAGCGCAGUGCAAGAGGGGCGUGUCUCGUACAUCCUCAUGGGGACCAAUUACACAGCUUACCGGGUCAAGUGAGUCAGCAGCAGCCAAUCACAUCUUUCUGGUUUUCAGUAUUUAUUUUUUUACUGCCACCCUCUGUAUAUUGUUUUAAUUUUUCACCAUCUUUUAUUUUUGAUUAGCACCUAAAGUGAAUCUAAUUUAUUUUAGCACUUUUGUCCAACUUAAUUGUUU